AUGAGAUUUACCCACGCUGCUUCCGUUUUCUUUGCCACUUCGGCACUAGCCGUCCCUGUCGCUCUACAAAAAAGGGCCGCCCUUGGUGACGCCGACAUCCUGCAAUUUGCUUUGACUUUGGAGCAUCUUGAAAAUGCUUUCUACAAACAAGCGCUUUCCACCUGGUCGGUGGACGAGUUUGUCAAAGCGAACUUUACGGAAGACUUUUACUCGCAGCUGAAAUACAUUGCACAUGACGAGGAGGCGCACGUCCUCUACCUGGAGGCCGGCCUCAAGGCUGCGGGUGCCACUCCGGUCGCUGCUUGCUCCUAUAAAUUUCCCAUGACAGACCCACAAGAGUUUGUAGCACUUGCGGCGACCAUCGAAGGUGUUGGUGUGUCUGCGUAUCUCGGAGCCGCGCCUUUGGUCACGUCUAAAUCCUACCUAACGGCAGCUGCAUCCAUUCUGGUCACCGAAGCGCUUCACCAGUCCGCAGCGCGUAAUGCUAUUGGAGAAGUACCUAUGGCCAAUCCAUUUGGCACCCCCAUGGGUGUAAAUGCUGUCUACUCGAUUGCGUCACAAUUUAUUACUUCCUGUCCCGACUCGAAUGCAGCUUUGCCAGUAAAGGCCUACCCCGGUCUCAACGUUACUCAGGGCAUGCCACUUGCCGUCAAUACUUCGAUUUCGUUUUCCGUUGAUGGUCAACUUCCAUCCGCGCAAUCAUACAUCACUUUUGUUAGUGGAUUGGACGUUCUACCAGUGCAAGGCAUGGUAUCAAACGGUAUGAUUUCUGCUGAAGUUCCUUCUCAAGUCUCCGGUCAGUCGUAUGCAUUUGUCACCUCCGACAAUUCUGGAAACCUAACGGAUACUUCAAUCCUAUUCGGUCCUGCCAUUCUGGAGGUUACACCCUCUAGCCCAACUUUUGACCUUUCUAUUAUGUAG